AUGCUUCGCCCAGCGGCGUCAAUGCCUUGCUUUUCAAUGCUGCUCGUCUGGAUUCUGCCCGUGUGCGUGUUUGCGCAGAACUUCACAGUCCCCGACACUUGGAGGAAACCUACCUCUACUCGUUCGCGGAAUGAGCGCCUUUCCGUCGCUCAAGCUGCCGUCCAAUCGAUGACAGAAAGCAUCAAUACAAGCAACGGUACAGAUGAUGCGCUGACCGCUUGGCAAUCUGCCAGUCUAUUGGGGAGCGUCGCACAAUUUGACUACAUCUCCAACGGGCAAUCCUACCGCAAUUUUGUCCACGAGAGCAUUGCGGCAUAUCAAAGCGGCCACCCCGACUUCUUCGAUUCUCGGCUGCAACAAAACCUUACGACUGAUCCAUUGAUGUGGGGACUGGCCGCAUACUACGCAUCUCGCGCCUACAAUGAUACCGAUCUACUGGGAACUGCGGUUCAUGUUUGGGACAUCACGCAAGCCUACCUUGUCUCCGAUGAGGACGGGGCAGCCGGGAGUCAACACACGCGAAAUGGAAGCUUCGUGCCUCAUUGCACGCCGAACUCCAAUGCUACAUCUGCGGGUGCCAUACUCACUCAGGCAUCUCUACCAACGGAUUACACUUCAAGCGCAGAGACAGUCGGAGCCUACGUGGCUCUGUCCGCACACCUAUGGAAUUCAACCGGGAACUCGACGUAUCUGGCGUCAGCAGAGCAGUCCGCUCUCUUCAUGUACAACCAUAUGUACUCCCCCGAUCUUCAGAUUGUCUGGAAUAGCUUCAAUCUUCAGACAUGCCAAGCGAACGAGUUGCAAUGGACCCAUAAUCAGGGGUUGCUGAUGGAAGGGCUUUCUAUACUCAGUUCAUCCCCAGUCGCGACAAGUUCGACAUGGGCGUCUCUCCUGCAGACACUGGUCAGCUCGACGAUUCCUUGCCCUGCGUGGACAAUACCCACCGGAGAUGCUGCCGGUAUACUCAAUGAGACCUCACCAGGAGCUCAGCCUAGCUCGAAUGAUGUUGCUUUAACUUACAGAGAUGUGUAUAUGCGUUCUCUAUACGAAGUAUGGUCCAGGACAGAUCCGUCUGAACCGAUGGCCUUGUUCAUACAGUCAUUCAUGAUAGUCCAGUACAACGCACUGCUUGACCUGGCCUCUAAAGACGGAGGAAACUUCUCUUCUGUAUGGGCUGGCCCACAGGCAUCACAGAUGCUCGACUGGAGUCAGUCAGCGUCGUUGGACGUGCUGAGCGGCACUAUCGACAUGAUUUCCAACUCAACGGGACCUGGGACAUCCCACAAGGCUUUGUCCGGUGGUGACAUUGCAGGCAUCGUUGUCGGUGUCGUCGCCGUGUUUAUUAUCGGCCUUCUCGGUGCCAUAAUCGUUCAGCGUCGCCUAAGGCGCGCUCAUCCUGAAAAAGACACAGCAGCUAUGCUCGAGCUGGAUCCGUUUCCUCCCGGAACUCCUGCAAGCGAUUACACAGAAGGCGAUGCGGACUUACCCGCUGGGUAUACCCUCAAAGACAGGAGCGGCUAUGGACCCGCACGACUCGUCCCUGGGAGAUCGGCAGGUCAAUUGACGCGGAGGUCUGCGGCGAAUCCUAGCGCCCAACCACCGACCACCGACUCGUCUUAUGACCCAGAUACACCAGUGGUGGCGAGCGAGACGAGCAUCACCCGUCUGAUAUACCGGGUCCUGAGUGUCAUGCAAACGCAGGAGGACCCUCCCGCUUACGCUGGCCAUCAAGUGCUUUCCGAACGAUGA